AGGUUCGUUCAAUAAAUAAUCUACUGACAUGGACUUCAUAAGUUAUUAAGUAAACGGUGUCCCGUCAACACAUGUGUCAUCGUUGGUUAUAAGGAUUAGCAACGGCCAUAAUGAACAAUGAUGAGGAAGAACGCGUCUGUUUGCGAAGCCCUGAGGAACGCAUUAUGGAUGACGACGACAGUGAUUUGGUUUCCGGAGUAGCACUCAGACGCAGAUCAGGCCAAUCUCCGCAUGACCAAGCUGCCAAAGUUAUUGUAAAAAAAUUCGAGACAAGCGCCAAAUCCAUUGCCAAUGUUGUGACAUACAAAAUGAGAGGCGGAAGUGAAGGUUCGAUGGUACAAAACCACCCCGCUGUGAACGGAUGUGGAGAUGAGACCGAUGGCAAUGGUAGAAGUGAUAAACAGCAAAUAGAAAUGACCAACAUCGCGAACGAGUUGCCGAAUGGCACACUUGAAGUGAACAAUACAGAUGUGGAUGGACAAGGAGACAAUCAGGAUGUACUGACUAAUGGCCGCAUAAACAGAGAAGACACCCGAUCAGACGAUGAUAACGUAACCGAAAAUAAAAUUGAAACAGACGGUAACGCCAAUUCGCUCACCGAAAAUAUUGAGAAUCUCCAAGACAUGUCGAAAAUACCCCGCCUGCCCGGUGAUGGAGCUCAAAUGGACGAUGAGACCCCCUCAUCGUUACGGGGUUCCAGUUCAACACUGGCUGCCAGUUUUCGCAAGCCAAAACUGAAGAGUGGAGUUCCUCUGCGAGUACAAUCGGUUCGCAUUAUGGAGCGUAAAAUUCGUUAUGGACCAAAGAGGCGAACGGAGAGCUGCAGCGUUUUUGGCAAUACAAAUUUAGACUUUGAGGCUGAGGAAGAAGGCCGCAAAUCAACCAUGGCACGUCCGCUCAACAACGAGACUUAUGCCGCCUUCAAAAGCGGAAACGUAAUCAAAGGCAUUCUGUGUCCCUCAUUGACGAACUCCUUCAAACAGAGCUCGUUGGAACGCGCCUAUUUAACGUACACGCAUCGCCAACGACAGAAGUCACUGAUCAUUGUGAACCUGGUGGACUUUAUUCUCAAAAUUGUUCUGGCCAUGAUCUGGUUUCUAAAGGAGGCCGAAACAAAAAUCGAGGUGGAAGUUAACGUUGCCACAGCCAUCACAUGGUCCGUGUGCUGUGCCCUGUCGAACAUGUCCAUUUGCUUUCUUGGCUAUUGGCGAUGUUUUGCCAACAACUAUCUACACUGGGCAGCUGUAUGUACCUGGAUUCUCUUUAACAUUCAAGGUUUCGUGGGCGAAGGAGUGGGGUUUGCCGACCGGGAGUACCUCAUAUGGUACAUUCUUUUUGUUAUAUUUGUUCCAUAUGCCAUGCUGCCACUGCCGCUCAAGUGGUGCGUUGUGGGUGGCACCAUCACAGCGAGUUGCCAUCUAACGGUAAUAACCAUAAUUAAACUACAGAAACAGGAAAAAUCCAACUGCAUCGCAUUCCAAAUCUUUGCUAAUUUCAUUCUCUACACGGCCAUCAAUGUGGCCGGCAUGUACACCAAGUAUUUGACGGACAGAGGACAGCGUUUGGCUUUCAUUGAAACCCACAAAGCGAUGGAGCACAAGAAGGAGUCGGAAAAGGAACUGCAGAGGACACAGAAACUAUUGGACUCAAUUCUGCCAAACAUCGUCAAUAAUCAGAUACGUCGCGAAAUGUACAAGGGCACAGAUCCCAAUGUCGAGACACAAUUCAACAAACUGUACGUCUAUCCCAUGGACAACGUCAGCAUUCUGUUCGCCGACAUCAAGGGCUUCACAGAAUUGGCGAGCAAGACUUCAGCCCAGCAACUGGUGAAAAUAUUAAAUGACCUUUUUGCACGAUUCGACAGAAUAGCCGAGGAUAAUCAUUGUUUGCGAGUCAAGCUACUGGGUGAUUGCUACUAUUGUGUAUCGCAAUUUGAAAGUGAUAACUGGAAAACACGUCCAGAUCACGCCGUCUGCAGUGUCGAGACUGGCCUGCACAUGAUAAAGGCCAUCAAGGAUGUACAGUUGCAUACUCACGUUGAUCUCAAUAUGCGAAUCGGCAUCCAUAGUGGCUCUGUGAUGUGCGGCGUUCUCGGCAAUAAAAAAUGGCACUUUGAUGUUUGGUCCAACGAUGUCAUCAUUGCAAAUCACAUGGAAUCAGGCGGAAUACCAGGGCGCGUACACAUAUCGGAAGCCACCCUCAAAUGCCUCAACGAUGCCUACGAAGUGGAGCCAGGCAAUGGCGGUAGUCGUGACAACCAUCUGAAAAUGUUAAAUAUUAAAACGUAUUUAAUCAAACGCACUGAACCAUUAAGGCCUAAACGACGAUUUGGCACCCGCAGCAGCCAACACCUGGCCAAUAACAACGGCAGCAAUUUUAGCACACCAACAACAGCCAUGACUCCGACAACGGAUACCAAAACAUUUGUUCCCAAGUCAAUAUCUACGACCGGGGUUCACAACGAGCCGCCACAACAACAGCAGCCACCUCAACUACUGCCAGUUCUGUCCCGGACCAAUUCUCAGACACAACAACAGCAGAAUCAAAAUGUACCGCAUCUUCCACCGCCACUUGCUGCUCUGCAAAAGAAAAAUAUUUCAUUGAGCUCAUUGCCCAACGUGACGGAAGGCGUUGCCAUGGGACCCACCGGACCCUCAACGGUAUCAUCGCCAAUAGCCACCCUGGCGCCAAAGGCACCGAAUGGCGACAGCAUUCGGAGUAUUCUGGAGAAUAUUGAUCCGAGGUCAAUGAUAACGGAAGACGAACCGACCACAGAAUGGACUCCAGAAAUCCCAUUCAAAAAUCUUAACUCACCCAGUGAAGGUGUAAUACGAUCGGAGUCAGUAAUGGGAGAUCCCAGACAGGGGCAACGAGUUUCUGUAACGCCGCUGGACGAAGAGAUUGAUGAAUUCAUCGAACAAAACAUCCAAAUCAAUUCAAACAAAGAGAUACGCAAGGAGUACCUCAGUUCGUGGACUCUCAAGUUUAAGGACAAAGAGCAAGAAAUGAAAUUCUGUCAAUUGCGUGAGGACAUGUUCCGUUCCAACAUGUUGUGUGUAUUUGUGAUAUGGAUAUUUAUUGUGCUGUGCCAGAUCAUCAUCAUUCCCCGAUGUACAAACCUGGUGAUUUGUUUAGCCAUAGGUACGAUAGUUUUAACUUUUAGCUGCAUCCUAGUCAUGGCCGAGGAAUUCUCCGGCCUCCCCACCCUAUUGAAACGCAAUUCCGCCAAGUUGGUGCACCAACGUCAGCGGCGAACCUAUUUCAUUUGUGCGGUUAUUGUUCUGAUCACAGUCCUUAGUGCCAUUGGUCUGAUAUUGUGCCCAUCCUCGGCAUAUUUUGAUGGUGUCCCUAGCGCCGAAGAAGGUAAUGAACGCUCCAUUUUAAGCAGCAGCCUAAAGUCUGCUCUACCCGAGAGUGGUGGUGGCGGUGGUGCCACAUCGAUUAGUAGUGGGGAGAAGGAAAUCAAGCUGAAUGUUUACUUGUCGGCCACCAUACACCACAACAUAACAAUAAAUGCUGCCAAUGGGGCAGGGGCCAUUUUGGAUACCAACUCAUUUCUGGCAGACAACUUGGCCAACGCAACGACAAACGACUUUGUGCGCCGGAGUAUUGUAAACGUCCUGAACCUCACCCAAGCCAAUGCUAUCGGUCUCUUGAACAACUCCAUGGAACCGUUCGAAACCUCCCAUCGUGCAUUGAUAUUUGGUGGGCAGCGAGCGGAAGACAUCAACAGCAGCAUUAUCACAAAUAACGGUGUCAUCACCGAUUCCAACUAUACUGUGAUUUACAUGGACACCUCCGACAUGGAUACGGCCGAGUGUGCCCAUCCCGAGUACGUUGUCUUCACGUGGAUUCUCUGCCUCGUCUCCCUAGCAACGGCACUCAAACUUUACUACCUAGUCAAGGUCCUCAUGGCCAUUUGCAUGGUGGCUUUUUACACCACCCUCAUACAAUCGGUGUUCCCGCGUAUCUAUACCAAAGAACUGAUCGAGCUGGAGCAAUCGCGGCUGGGAAUGCCACUGGGUGUACAAAUGUUGAUUCUGUUGGCAUCAUUUUUGGUCAUGGUGUGUUACCAUGCCCGUCUGGUGGAGGUUACCUCCCGCUUGGAUUUUAUCUGGAAAGAACAAGCCGAAAGGGAAUUGACCAACAUGAAAUCCAAUCGAGCUUUGAAUGACACAUUGAUCAAGAAUAUUCUUCCGGACCAUGUCGCGGAAUAUUACCUAUCGGAUGAACACACCGACGAGCUGUACUCCAACAAUCAUAACUUAUGCGGCGUGAUGUUUGCAUCCAUUCCGAACUUUCAGGAUUUCUAUUCGGAGGAUAUAGAUAAUGGAAAAGCGUGUAUCCGAAUACUGAAUGAAAUAAUUUGUGACUUUGAUGAGUUGCUGGAAGAGCCACGAUUCGCUUCAAUUGAAAAGAUUAAAACGUGUGGUACAACGUACAUGGCAGCUUCGGGGCUGAAUGCCGAUCGUCUCAGGGAUCGAGGAGAAACCUCUGAGGAUAGUGUCUGCAGCCUGGUCGAAUUUGCAUUUGCCAUGAAACAAAAAUUGGAGGAUAUCAACAGGGAAGCAUUCAACAACUUCCAGUUGCGGGUGGGAAUCUGCAGCGGUUCUCUGGUCAGUGGCGUGAUUGGUGCCCGAAAACCCGUUUACGACAUUUGGGGCAACACGGUGAAUGUAGCUUCACGCAUGGAUUCCACCGGAGAAAAUUGGCGGAUUCAAGUGCCCGACACCACCGCCGAGUUGCUCAAGGCAAAGGGCUAUACGUGUGUGAAACGAGGGGACAUUAAUGUGAAGGGGAAAGGCAUAAUGACAACGUAUUUUGUUCACCCUCGUGGUGUGUCUGAGAGCCAGUUGCCCUCACCGGUUCACAUGCCUGCCGGCGUUCCCAUGUCCCAGACUCCAAACUUGCAACGUCAAACUUCACACCACGGCUCGUUCAGCGCUGUUGUGUUCGGAAUGCUUCAAGCGUCCAAACGGAGUACAAAUUUAGCCGGCACUCCCACGGGUACGCCAUCGCCACAAAUACGGCGCGGUCAUAGAGGUAGUACCUUCAGUUCAGUUCGCCUGUCGCAGAAGGCCACAGUAAACAACCCGGUGCGACGUAAUACCACAAGAGUGCGAGCACGAUCCUACCGCCAGAAAAAGAGUUCUUCAAACAAUUCGAUUGUCACUCAAACGAGCGGUUCUUAUGUGCCAUCAUUUCGACGGAUCGACCAAAUCGAGACCACCCUCUCAAAAAGUCACAAUGAUGCAUUAUAGCCCCAACGUAAUUGGCUAUAAACGCUUUACGUCUGACACGCCCUGUAUGAAGUCCUGCCUGUCGCCAUCGUACAUAGUGCCGUAUCCAGUACAAAAUUUCAUUCAAGUCAAUUUUUCGUAAUUUUGAUAACAAGUGGUUUCGAGCUUGCGGCAUGAAUGCGGUCAAACUACAGUUUGAUGCCGCAGUUCGGUUGGUCUGCAACCCCCAAAUAAUGACAACUUCUUAAAGAUUUUAAGUUCAAAUCUAAGUCUAAGUCUAAAUUAUAUAAAUCCGUAUUUAUAUCAAAAUAGUACGAUUUAGAAACAUUAAGGAUAUACAUACAUACAUACAUACAUACAUACCUAGCUAGUAAGGAAGAGAGCUUUGUACAAAACCGAAAUUAUAAAAUAAUGUUGAAGAUUACUGCUAGAAAAUUUUAUUGAAAUGUAGCAUAUUUAUUGAGCAUUUCAGGGCAUUGACCUAGUUUGUAAGUAAACCUAUUAUUUAUGUGAAAUUAUUGGAUUGUAAAUAAGUGUAAUUUCUAUGUCAUAGAUGUUAUAUACAUAUAUAGUUCUUGAAAAAUUAAUUAAAUGUUGAAACAUA